UUUUUUUUUACAGAAAUUAUAAAAAAAUAAUAAAAAAUUGAUAAAUUUAUAAUUAUAUUAUAAUAUUGGCUAUGUAGCUAAUGUUAUUUUGAAGUGGACUUCUAGUUCAUAAAGUCACACACACAAAAUAAUUUAUGAAUUUAUUAGGUUUUGAUUCUAAAUUACUCAAUUAAAGUUUUAUUAGAUAUAAAAUUCAUGGUAGGUUUUAAUAGUUAAAAUAAAUCCUACAAGAUAAUGAAGAAAAUUAGUAAAUUAAAGCUAAUAAUGAUUUAGAGUUAAACAUGCACAAGCGUAAUAAGGAUUAGGAUUUUUUAAUUUAUAAUUUUCAGCACUUUUUUAUGACACUUAAAAUAAAAAUUAGAUGGACGACGUGGCUUUCACUAAAAAAUCAUGUACUGCCAAAGGAUUACGUCAUCAAUUUACACACAAAAUUUAUCAAAUUUACUCAAUCCCUGUCCUUCCGCCAUUAAUCAAGAUUCGAAAAUUCUUUUUUCACUUUAUAACGGCACAUUUCCUCUGUUAAAUGAUACCAAUUUUUGCUCUCUAGCUUUUAUCAAUGUGGAGCUGUAACUGUUUGAAAAUCACAUAAAAAACGUAUGGAUUUAUUUUUUAACACCCAAGAUGGAGAAACGUAAUUUUACGUUACAAAAAACAAAAUGGCGUUUUUCAAAUAUAUAGAGAAGUCACAAUAAUUCGCAAGAAAUAAUUUGGAAAAAAUUAAGAAUAUUUUUUAUAAAGUCAUUUAUAAUAUCUUCUUUGCAUUUAUUUUUAUUAUUUUUUUUACAAAGUAUAAUAAAUUAAAAAGGAAAGAUAAGAAGAAAUGAACAAAAAAAUUAUAGUCGUUUAAGUAAAAUUGAUAUCACGAUAACAAUUUUAAAUAAUUUAAAUAUCAGAUAAACAAAUUGUGUUAAUUGUUUAAAUAUUAUUUCAUGCAAAUGCCGGUCAUUCUGAUUUUGGUAAAUUGUAUUUUAUUUUUUUAAUCAUGAUUAAAAACUAAAUUAAUAGAGUGAUAUAUAUAUAUCAAAAAUACUACUUAAAUAGAUUUUUUUUAAUUUUCCGUCUCAUUUAUCACUUAUUUAAAUAUGCUGUGGUUACAUAAAUUGGGCAGUAAGUAAAAUUGUUCAAAGUAAAUCAAAAUAAACGAAAACUGAUAAGUUGGGUUUGAGUGGUUUUAAGUAUAAAUUGAAUAAUGUAAUGUUUUAUUAAGUUACUAAACUAAUUGUUCCUAUUAUAUUCUAAAUUAAAACAAAAUGUCGGGGGAAAAAGCUGAGUGUUUGGAAUUCAAAAAAUCCCGCGUUUCUCUACCUGCAGCCUCAGCUGAUUGCGUAACCUUCAGAACUAAUCAGAAUAUUGUGACACGAAAUAAUGUGCGGUCUGCCUUCACUUAGCUUUUCACUUUCUCGUAAAAGCUAUUCUUGCUUAUUUGACAUGUCAGGUAGAUAUUUUUUCCAUGUAUGCCCUUGAAAAGAAAUGUUGUUCAUUUAUCACUUAUUCUAUAUAUUCUAUCUAUCAAACUUUGUUCUGCAAAGUGAAUUAUGAAUUAUUUCGAAAAUAAAAUGCACUUAAAAUCCAAUACAAGUAUUAAUACCAAAAUAUAAUUUAUUAAACUGACUGAAGACUGAUAAAUAUAUUAGUAUAGUUAAGGCAUGGAUACAUUUGAUUAUUCUUUCAUUCAAGAAUUAUUAGAGAGUUCACCAAUACUAAAAGCCUUUUUGGCUGGAUCACUUUCCGGGACAUUUUCGACAGUGCUAUUCCAACCACUUGAUCUAGUCAAAACCAGAAUUCAACAAUCUUCCAUGAUUUCUGAGCCUAGAGGACAGCAUUCUGUAGGCAUGAUGAGAGUCAUGAACCAAGUACUUAGGAAUGAACAGAUCUCAGGAUUAUGGAAAGGAAUGACACCAUCCAUCACAAGAACGAUACCUGGAGUUGGUCUUUAUUUUUCCUCUGUGCAUUGGCUUACGAAUACAUUUAGUGAAGGAGUCCCUUCCCCCCUGACUGCCGUCUCAAUUGGUAUUGCAGCAAGAUCAUUCAGUGCUGUCUGUUUGAUUCCCAUCACUGUUGUCAAAACAAGAUUUGAGAGUGGAGAGUAUCGUUAUCGCAGCAUUUCCAAUGCUUUAACUCAGAUAUACUCUAGAGAAGGAAUUCGUGGUUUAACAUGUGGCUUAGUUCCAACAGUCAUUAGAGAUGCACCAUUUUCUGGAAUAUAUCUUAUGUUCUAUACUCAAUUGAAACAGGCUAUUCCACCCGAAAUUUUAAAAAGCGAUUUUCAAGCUGGUGCACAAUUUGGGUGUGGAGUUGUAGCUGGAAUUCUAGCUUCUGCUGUAACUCAACCUGCAGAUGUUGUCAAAACUAAAAUGCAGCUUUACCCUACGCUAUAUCCAAAUGUUUCUUCGGUUCUUUUACACUUACACGAGAGAUAUGGAUUCAGAGGAUAUUUCAAAGGGUUAGCACCGAGGAUGUUACGUCGGACUUUAAUGGCUUCUAUGGCUUGGACCUUUUAUGAACAGGCUACAAAGGCGAUGGGAUUAAAAUGAUAUGGAUAUGGUUACCAUUAAAAAUGUACCUAUGAAGGGUCCUGGAAGAAUUCUAUGUUGUAUCGCUCCAGCUCCAAGCAGGCAGAUCUGAGAAUGAGAUGAAUGAGCUAGCAACGUAAUUGAAGUCAUUGAAAACAGUACUGUUCAGAGUAUUGAAAUUUCUUUGAUAGUGUUUUAUGCUUUACAUUUGGUCCAGAAAAGUAAUCAUUAAAACACUCAACGAAUUGUUAACUUUAGUAUUAAAUUAAGUAUAUUAAGUUUAAUUUGUGAAGAUAUUUUUUUCACUAUGUCUAAUUAUUAGGUGUGAUGUAAAUUUUCUUGAAAAAUUGUUGCACUUCACAAAGCUUAAUAAAUAAGUUAUUUGAAAAAAAUGACUGAUUUGUAAACAUUCUAGAGUACAGUACUAUUGCAAUGUGAUAUUCCUAAUAUGUGCCUACUAUGCAAUAUGUAUAUGGAAUUAAAACAAAAAAUAAUAUUAUUAGAAAAAUAUUGUUUAUGACAUGUAUUUUUUGAAAAAUUUAAAUAAAACUUUAUGAAUUUUAUGACAAUUGAUUGAUGCCUUGAAGAUACC